CUAGCAUCAUUUUGUCUUUUGUUGGGUGAAUUUAUCUAAUAGACAGUCCCUGUACCCGAAGGUGAAAGUAUCCCGUCUUGAUAAAGGUUGCCGUUGUCGAUAUUGCCGAUUAACGUUCCAGAUUUGAUAAGCAGAUUUUCAGUCUUAUUUUGAUACCUUAUUGUCGCCUGUAUAUUUUGAAUUUGCUUUUGGAGCUGGACUGUCUCGUUACCGGCCGGCAGGCCAGUUUUUGUGUUUAUUGGGCGCUUUCCAAAUCAUGUGCGACUGGGUCAGUAUAAAGUACAAAACGUUCCUCUAAGAGACUGCCUUCUUCGUUGCGCAGAGGUUCGACUGGGAGCCGACGGAGAAGAGCACCGUGCUCGGGAGCUUCCUCUGGGGCUACAUGUUCUCCCAGGUGAUCGGCGGCUUCCUCUCGUCGCGCGGCUGGUCCAUCGCGGUCCUGGUGGUCGGGCUGUCCGUCAGCGGGCUCAUCACGGCGGCGCUGCCGUUCGUCGCGUCCGCCGGCGGCUCCGGUGCCGUCUCGGCCCUCCGGGUGCUGACCGGCUUGAUGCAGGGGACCAUGUACCCGACCAUGUUCACGCUGAUGGGCCGCUGGGUUCCGGAGGAUGAACGUUCCCGGGCGGGAUCACUGGUGCUCGCCUCUCAGCCGAUCGGCAACGUGCUGUCCAUGGCGCUGUCGGGCUGGAUCGCCUACGCUUGGGGGUGGCCCACCGUGUUCUACAUCUUCGGCUUGUCCGGGGUCGUGGCGGCCGUCGUCCUGUAUGUCUUUGGGGGAGACUCCCCCCACACACACUCACGAAUCUCACCAGAGGAGCGGGAUUAUCUGACAAAGAACAUGAAGUGCGCGGAGAAGACGAAGCUGCCCGUACCGUGGAGAGCGAUACUGACGUCGCCAGCUUUGGGGACGCUCCUCUUGGCAAUGAUCGGCUAUCUGUGGGGCUACUGGGUCAUCAUCACCUGCACGCCGUCCUACUUCAAGGACUUGCUCCACGUCGGCAUUGAGUGGAACGGCCUGCUUUCGGCAGCGCCCCAGCUGUCCAUGGCGCUCUGUUCGAUCUUCUUCGGUUGGUUGGGCGAUGUGGUGACGUCUAAGCAACUGCUCUCAGUCACACACAACAGGAAACUGUUCAACGCUUUCGGCGAGUGGGGUCCGGGCUUGCUGUGCAUCCUGGUCGGCUACCUCGGCCCCUCCAACCCCCCGCUGGCCGUCGGGCUCCUGGUCGUCGCCGGCGGCCUCAUCUCCGCCACCUUCUCCGGCUGCAUCUGCAACUACAUCGACAUCGCGCCCAACUUCAGCGGCAUCAGCUUCGCUCUGAUCAACACCGUCGGCUCGUUCGUCAGCGCCUUCGCCCCGUACGCCGAGGGCCUGUUGGUGGACCGAAAUGACCCUCUACCAGGGUGGAGUAACGUGUUCUACUCGUCAGCGGCCACCUACAUCAUCCUGAACUCCCUCUGGAUGGUGUGGGGCACGGCCGAGGAGCAGCCCUGGAACAACCCCAACCAUGACGGCGAAACGGGUAACAAGCAAAAAGAGCCUGUUUGACUGUACUACGAUCUACUUAUAUAAAUUGAUGGUUCCUUUUUUAAAAUAUAA